AUGUAUUUCCUGCCUAGAAUUAGUGGCAAUCUUCUUCCAACUGGUCAAGUUGGGCCUUUCGGUAAAAUCACGCCUCCUGUUGGAGUUGACGCGCUUCAUGCUGAUAAUGUUCUUAUCAAUGUACAACUGGAGUUACGUGUUCCACUGUUCUUCAGCGCCUGGAUAAAGAAAACGUACAACCCCGGUGUACUGGAAACACGGAUGCCGUAUCUUGAUAUGCUCAUUCAACCAGAACUCCCAAGUCUUGAGGAACUGGAGGCAAUGCAGCGCGAUACACGGCAUCGGAGGCCUGGACGCUGGACAGAGUUUCUCGUCUAUGUAAAUACACUCCUGAGCACUGUAGCGGGGAUCCAGACGGAGGAACCAAACCUGUCAUCAAAACUCCUAAAGUCAAAAAACAUCAGUUACAUUCCAAAAGCCAUUUCAGUGUUGUAUAAACUACGUUUGAACCAGGAGUCAAAGAUCACCCCUGUCCGGAUGACUGUACGUGAACUGAUGCAGAAAACACAACAAUCAAUUAGCUUCCCACGCUAUCUGGGGGCAAUUAUGGCAGCAAAUCGUUCAGGCGUGAUCCCGAGGGAUUUGGCUGUCUGGGUGGCCGAUGUGGAGUACUACGAAAGACUAGGAAACUUGCUUUAUCAUACGUCAUUUAAUGAACUGCAGGAAUACAUCACCUUUUGUAUUUUGCACAAAUAUGCUCCGUAUGUGUACAGACCAUUGGCCAUAUUGAAGCGCAAAUUACUAGAACCACUUGCUGGCACUGAGCAUUCGACCGCUGAUGCUCUCCUAGGUUCAGAUACUUUAAUAAUAAAUUUAAAUAACCUAAGUAAUUUUGCCGCAAGGAUUUGCACGCACUUCACACCUGCAAAAUGUAAUAAUCUUCUACGAGACUGGAUGGGAUUCAAUCCAAACCCCAUGUUUGCGGACAGACCAAUCGAUGAAUGGCAGACAAGGUCCACUCGCGCAGCCACUAGAACUCAGGCAUCAAAACUGUCGCCUUCAGAGAGUAGCUAUCCAGUUCCCAAACUAACUGAACAUGUCAGCACCUCCAAUGCUUGGCUGCGUUUCCCACCAUCUCCCAUUCCUCAAUGA